AUGAAUUUUGGCAAUAAGAGGAUCAAGUGGAUGAAGGCUCUCGUUUUUAAUGGCUCUAUGUCGGUUCUUGUCAACGGUAGUGAAAUUAAGGACUUAGAGGUGGGUAAAAGUUUUAGACAAGGAGACCCUUUGUCUCCCUUUAUCUUUAUCAUUGUUAUGGAAGGGCUAACUAGGCUUAUGAAGAAGGAAGGGGAAUUGAGCUUAUUUGAGGGAGACAAGAAUUGGGUUAAUCUAUGGUGUGUGAAGGCUCUUCUCAGAGGAUUCAAAAUGGUAUCAGGAUUGAAGGAUAAGAUUAGAUAUUUGGAGAGGGAGGAACUUUUCUAUUGGCGGGAGAGUGGUUUUGAUAAAUUCGGUGUUGAACGCAUUGUCGAUUUUCACGCUUUCGUUUACAAGGCUCUUGCGAUUAUCAUUAAGGAGAUUAUUAAAAUUCAGGCUAAUUUUUUGUGGGGAGGGUAUGAUAAGAAGAAGUCGUUGGAUCAGUUUGUGGAGAACAUUCAAGGUUCUUUGGGAGAUGGAAGGAGGAUGCCUUUUUGGUAUUGUAAAUGGAUGGAGAAUCAAACUCUCAAUGAGGUUUUCCCUAAUUUGUUUAGUGUUUUCCCAAAUCAGAAGGGCAACGUGGUUGAUUUGGGCUUCUGGCGAGGAUCAAUUUGGAUCUGGUUGAUUCAUGUGCCUUUUCUUCCUUCUGGUUCGACUUUGUCUAGAGAAUUAGAGGAACUUGAGUUACUAUUGGCAGAGAGAGAGCCUGAUGUCUGUUGUUCAGACAAUUUCGUUUGGUCCCAUGAGGACUCUUUUGUUUUCACUAUUAGUUCAUGUUACGAAAUUCUCUUUCAGAACAGGCAACCCUUUGUAAUCGUAGAUGAAGCAGCCUUAGCACUGAAGAUGAUGUGGAGAUCCAAGAUCCCUUCUAAAAUUCAGUUGUUUUGUGGAGGCUUUUUUUGGGACAAAUCAGCGACGAAGGAUCAAUUGGUGAAGAGAGGUAUCAACUUUGUCGGGAACGAUAUGUCUUGCGUUAUGUGUAACUGCUUUGCUGAAUCUUCUUUUCAUCUUUUUCUGGAGUUCGUUUGUGCAGAAAAGGUGUGGAUGGGAGUGGAGAGGUGGUUGGGAUUGGACUUGAGACGUCCCUCCGACUGUGUAUCUUCCUUUGUUAGUUUCGAUAGAUCGUUGAGGAAGGAGGUUGAAAACGAGUUUGGUAACAUAAUCUGGUCGUUCACUGUGUGGAUUCAGUGUAAGGGUGGAAACAGUCUCAUAUUCAAAAGUUCGACUUUUAAUGUAGAUGACUUGUUAAACUCUAUAAAAUUCCUGUCUUAG